AACUGUGGCAUGUUGGGCCUUGCCAUUUUAAUUUGGCAUGAGUCUACUCUACUACCGCCAAAGAAACCAUGUCUGACGGCGGGGGCGCGCGCAUACCGGCGGUGCAUGGAAUUUGUUUUAAAAAAUAAAUCUUAAUUUAAAAAAAAAAUCUUAGGUUAUUUCUUUUCCUGCCAAGUUUCCUUCAGCCAACUGUCACGCUACCUUAACUUGUCGCAUAAACGAGUAUACAGAACAAAAACCAGAGAUAUAGAGAAGAGCGUCACAUGAUCGAGAGAGGCGCCAGCAACAUUGAUGGGUGAGAAACAAAAACCCAGUCUCUUAUUUGGAUUUUCACUUGAGAAUUGAGUUUCAUUGUAGAUUUUAAAGGGCAUUUUCGCUAAACAAGUCCAUUCGUAAUGUUCCAUGGGCCAUACGUUGAUUAUAACAAGUUUUUUUAAUCCCAUAUAACGGAUGGAGUUUUGUAAAUUAUCGGCUCGGUUUUCCAGUUUUCCUUUACGGUUCAGCCCCGUUCCAAUAACUCCUGGUCAUACAAGGGCCCAUCAGUCAAAUAUUUUUCCAUUUUCAACUGUAACUGCUACAUUUAGCAGUUCUCAAGCCUAUAAAUUAGAAUGGCAAUCUCAAGGCCAAAUGUUUAUUCUUGGCAUGGGCUUCAUCGGACAAAUCUUCGCACAAGAGCUCAAGAAUGAAGGCUGGGUUGUGUCUGGGACUUGCACAACUGAUAUUAAAAAGGAGAAACUUCAAGAGAGGGGUUUUGAUGUUUUCCUUUUCAAUGCUAAUAAACCUGAACAGAGGAUUUUAGAUGCUUUGAAACAUUAUUCUCAUCUUCUUGUUUCUAUCCCACCUAUUGUUGGUGUUGGUGAUCCGAUGCUUCAGCAUAUGGAACUUUUACGAAGUACAUUAGUGGAUGGACAUCUUCAGUGGCUUGGUUAUUUGUCAUCGACUGGUGUAUAUGGAAAUUGUGGUGGUGCUUGGGUAGAUGAGGAGUACCCAGCUAAGCCUACAACUGAGUUGGGUAAAUUGAGGUUAGCUGCUGAGGAAAGAUGGUUAAAUCUUGCACAUGAUCUUGGGCUCUCAGCACAAGUAUUUCGACUUGGAGGUAUCUAUGGCCCUGGCAGGAGUGCUGUUGACACAAUAGUUAAGCAGGUACCUCUGUCAGAAAGCCAGAAAUUGAGAAGUUCCGGGCAAUACACAUCCAGAAUUCAUGUUGAUGACAUCUGUCAAGUACUUAAGGCCAGCAUUCAAAAACCGUCUUCUGGGAAUAUAUACAAUGUUGUUGAUGAUUACCCUGCUCCCCGAGAAGAGGUAUUUGCAUAUGCAUUGGACUUGAUUGAAGAAAAGUGGUCUGGCACCUACAAAGAAAGCAAAUCUAUGGAGGAAGCAGAACCAUUUGGUAAAAAGGGAAGUUUGAGGGGUGAGAAGCGAGUUUCUAAUGCUCGUAUCAAGAAAGAAUUAAGCGUAAGGCUGUUGCAUCCAAGUUAUAAAUCAGGAUUACAGAGCAUUAUUGACCAAAUGGAGAAGCCAUAUCAAUGCAGUUUCUUAUGCUCAUAACAUCACUACAUAUUUUCACAGUUGCUAAUGCAAUAAUUAUAUAGUAUUUUGUAAGUGGCUGUAGACAUAUCUAUGUAUUCCAGCCUUGACGAUCAGUGGAAUAUGGACUAGUUUAAUUUGGAAAUUAUACCUAACGAUUGGCAUCUUGAAAUAUAGAAAUUAGUUGAAAAACUAAAUCAGAUACUGGAAUAUGAUACCUUGAAAUCGUUCAGCA